CCCCGCUCCCCGCCUCGGCCGCGGGGAGGCGCCGCCACGGAGGCAGCGGGGGGGGCACCGGGCCGGCAGUGAGGGCAGCGACAGCCGCGGCUCCCUCACAACCACGGGAGAUGCGGGGAGAAAAACCCCGCUGGCCUGCAGGAGGGCUCCCACUGCGCCACAGACAGGGACAACACAUGCUUAGGGAGCCUCAGGGCUGGUGCAAGCAGCGCCACGCCGCCUCAGCGCGGCGGGUGGCGAGAAAACGGAGCCACCGAGUGGCCACACACAAAGCCCCCUCCCUCCUCCUCUCCCUCCCCACCGCCCUCCGGAAGGCGCGGGGCCGGGCAUGGCGCCGCUCCCAUGGUGCCCCGCGGCGGCGGCCAUUCAAACCCGAGCCGGGAGCCGCCGCCGCCGACAAAAUGGCGGCGCCGGGGGGCGCUGAGGCAGAGGGCGUGGGGGCGAGCCCCGCUUCCCCGCUGCUCCCCGCCGAGCCGCCCGCAGCCCCCGGGCUCGCCAGGGGGCCUCAUCGCGGCGGGAUGGCGGCGCCGCCGCUCAGCCCCACGGUGUCCGUGGUGUUCCCGGGCGCUGUGAGCCGGGAGAGCUGCUGCCGCUUCGCCUGCGAGCUCCUGAAGCACGUCCUGUACCAGCGGCACCAGCUGCCGCUGCCCUACGAGCAGCUCGCGUACUUCUGCCGGCGGCCCUCGCAGGUUGGGGACAUGAUUAAAAAGCCACCCUCUGUGGACCUGGCGAGCAAGAAAUGCCAUCAGGUGCUGACGGAUCUGGAGGGAAUGCUCCAGCACUUGGAAGUGAUGUUCAGUUUGACUCUGGUUCCCCGGGUCCUUAUCCUGCUCGGAGGCAGUGCCGUGAGUCCCAAGGAGCUUUACGAGCUCAACUUGGAGGCAGUGUGUGUGGGCAGCACUGAGGAGAGCCUGAAGACCACAUCCUGCGUGCGUAAGCUCUUUCACUCGCUCUUCAUAGCGGACGUCUUCAGUGAACUUAAGGCUCUGCCUGCCAUGGGCACUGUUGUUAUGCUCCAAGGACACCGCGAUUGUGGUGUUGAAUGGUUCCGGCCCAAGCUCAACUAUAAAGUGCCAACCCGAGGAAGGAAACUAACUGUUAAUUUGUCCUGUGAUGGAGAUAUCAGUAUAAGUGCCUCAGCUCCUUCGAGUACGACUUCUGCUUGGGAGGACUACGUAUGGUUUCAAGCACCGGUGACGCUCAAGGGCUUUAAUGAAUGACCUGUGCUCUGUAGAAUUUAAAUGGAGUAUUGAAUAACCUUUGGUGCUGCUUUAUGUGGUAAUUUUAUCAAAUGCAACAGCACGUUUUUAUCUAUCUGGAUCUCUUCCCCAGGGUACCUACUGCCUUCCUGUAGCUGGACUGUGUUCUUCCGAGUUCGUCUCCUGAAUUGUCUUUGAAAGCAAAUACCCUCUAAAGGCACAAUUGCAUACAGAUACCAUGAUUCAUUAGGGACCUGACCUGAGGCAUAGGAAAUGAAUUAGUGUCUUGGGAAUAAAACUUCUUAGCCACAGAUUUGCUGAACUAACAAAUACUGGAUACAGUUUUCUGAGUUUUAUUGCAGCCAUAUCUCUGGUAAUAAUGACUAUGUUAGCUGAUUAUCUGGGAUUCUAGAUAAUGUAUGCAAUUAUUAAUAUAGUUUGCCUUUACAAUGAAGGCUGUAACUAUUCUUAUCUACCCCACUGCUGUGAAAGGUGACAUUUCCUGCAGUCUGAUCAGGCUCGAGUACUGAAGUGCUUGCCCAUCUAUUUCACAAAAUCAGACUUCCCGUGACUCAGUUCCAGUUUAACAAUCUAAGGAGUGGCACUUUUCAGCAGUUGGGAGACUUCAUGCCUAGCACAGUGCCUUUUACAGGCAGUGGAAAGAGGUUAAGCAGUCCUGUGGAGGCAAGGGAGCGCGUUUUCUUCCUGUUUUCUACUAACCUUUAGUCCAUCAGAGCUGACAAUCAGUUUGAUAUACAGUUAAGAUUAGGAGUAAGCAAUUUAUUCUCUAGCCUUGAAGAAAGUUAGGACUCCUGCCCCAAUGUGCUAGUUUAUUCUCAUUUUUUUAAAAAAAAGAAAGGCAAAAUUCUGCUUGCUUUUGCCUUUCAGAUAUUUCAGAGUCUUAGACUCUAAAAGUUUCUGAAAUGUGAAGAGGAGGUAAGGGGCAUGUCAUCAAGUUCAGCACUUUCUUUAAGUCAGAAUGUCUUACCAGGAAGCAGAACUUGAAUCCUUUCUUCUGGACUAAUGUCUAGUACAGAAUGAGACAUGGAGGGAGGGAGAGAAACCUGUAAAGCACAAUGUGCCAGAACUAGAUAUCUGCUGGAGUUGUCUGGAAUCAGCUGUGCAUGUAUUUGUAAUGUAAUGAGCUUAAUAGCUCCAUCCCAUUUGAAGAGAAUCUCUAGUCUACUGGCAGUGAGGUUGCUUGCAGUUAUCUGCUAGCAAAAGCUGCUUGAUGGGGUGCUAAAAGUCCUUCGAAAGGAGAUCAGAGGGUGAAGUAACCUUCCAUACCUGUUGUAUAUUUUAAGCUUGUCUGACAUUUUGGUGUGGAAUAAGAUUGUAGAACUGGAAGGAAAUUAGUUAAGUUCAUAUUCUUGAGCUUGGAAAACACUAGGAGGAUGCUCUCUGCCUUACUAGCCUCUGACAACUGUCAUAUAAUGUGUAGUAACUGCUAAAGCUAGCUCCAGGGGAAAACUGCUAAAAUAAAGCAAGCUGCCUUAUGUGCAGCUGCCCACUUGGGAAUGUAAUCACAGGUCUCUCGAAUGAAACGUAACUUGAACUAUUCAGUAGGAGUGUUUGAUGUGCUCAGGAGAUCAAAGCCCUUCCGCACUUCCACCAAAGCUACUUGUAACACGUCUUUAAGAAUGCUGGCACUCAAGAAUUUAAGGAAGCUUUUGAAAAGACGCCUUAGUUCUGAGGAUCAAGGGGCAUGUUCCUUUCUGCUUUAUCCCCCAAAUGAGUGCAAUGUUACUGCAUUAAACUGUUUACAUACUCUGUUAUACUUGAACUAUGAAUGCAGCAAUGAUAUGGUGCUGGAAAUAAAAGAUGACAAGAUGCUUUUUUACAUAGGAAGAGCUUUAGAACUUGAUUAACUAGUAGUUACAAUCAUUAUCAAAAUAAAACGUUGCCUUCUG